UUCUCUGGCAUCAGUCCAUCCCCCAGCGUUUUUUUUCCCUUUUUUUCAUUCGCGGUGCCUCCUCCGACUUGUAUUUUUCACAACUCCCUCCUAUGUUAUCCACCCACGGGAAAGGUGUGUUUUUUAUCACAUCCCCAUUCAGUGCGUGGACUGGUUUCGUGUGGGCAGUUUAGAUAUAUUUAAAUGCCUGGUUUUUUUCCUCCUAACCAACCGCUGCAAAACAGUUUUCCCCGUAAGUCUUAAAACCCAGCACUUGUGAUUUGUAAGAUCAUUUUUAAAAGCCGCGCAUGGUGUGACAGCGCACUGUCACUCUUCAGUUUAAAAUGCCUCGCACUCAUUCUUGCCAAUGAGACAGAAAUCCCAAUCGAUCACUGGCGUAUUUUAUUGUAAGUAAAAACCACCCCCACCCCUUCAGAAAGAAGCAUUUUUAAGUUCACUGUAGCGAUUAGAUCGUGGUAAUACACCCGUAUUCUACCGUGAAUUUUUAUUUUUUAUUUUAUUUUUUUACUGGGAAGCGGUCAGAUUAUCAAACGACUCUUUUAUCUUUGUGUGGAAAUCGCCGAUUUCUGCGUUACAAGAGAAGAUCCCCUCGUCUCGUAUUCCGCACCAGGACGUCCGGUGUGCCGAUUCAGACCGUGUUUUAGAGCUGAAGGUGCAGGAGAUUACAAUUUGGUACAAGUCACCAUGAGUACACGGGGUGAAGAAGCCGGCGAGCCGUCAGGGUCCCAGGAGCAACCCGCUACAGCACAGACUCCCAAGCGAGGACCGGGCAGACCUCGGAAGCCGCAGCAAGAACCAGCCGGAGAGCCUGCCCCAAAAAGACCGAGGGGGAGACCCAAAGGGAGCAAGAACAAGGGUCCCUCAAAAGCAGCGCAGAAGAAAGCAGAGGCCACCGGCGAGAGGAGGCCCAGGGGUCGACCCAGAAAAUGGCCACAGCAAGUGGUCCAAAAGAAGCCCGCUCAGGAAGAAGAGGAACAGGGUGAAGAAUCACCAGAGGAGGAAGAUUAACUGACCAGGGCAAUUUAUUUCUACCUCAUUCAUCUGUGUGGUCUUUCGUAAGGAAACAGACACUGCCUUUACCACUCCCCUUUUCGACGUUUUUUGGUCUUUCCACUUUUAUUUUAUCAUUAUUUCUUUUUUUCCAUUUUUAAAUUUCAUUGUAUUGUUUUUUUUGUAAUCUGGGAAAAACACACACAUAUAACCUCAGAACAUCAACUGCUAAGGUGAGAACAAGCAGGCGCCCACCUUUGUUUAGCGAUGCGCCCAAACUGCUGUAGGCACAGAGGGUGCCGCCUCAGGCUGCCACGCCCCAUUGCCAGCGAGCGAUUGGCCCGCUCCGUUUACUCGCGAGCUGCGAUUGGACAGACUGACUUCCAGGUCUAGCCACCAAAGACACAGCAGCUACCAGGUUUCAUAUCUUUUUAUGAAACCCUAAAGCGUAAAAUUAUCCAUGUUAAAUACAGAUGGGCCUCGAACAUGACUGAAUGUACCUGUUGAGAUAUACAUUUAGUAAAUUUCGUGCACGAGUUAUCUUUUUAAAAGCAAGGUGGUUGUGUUUUCAGAUCCCAAAUGAGAGACCCCAGCUGUAAGUCAGCUGCUGUUGGGCUGUUAACCCUGAUGGAAAAUAGCAGCAGGUCACAUGAUUGGCAGAUUUAAGCCCCCUUCUCAAUCAGGUGGGGUGUUUCAUUUACCUUUGGAACCUGAGUCGCUCUGCGGAAGUCACAUGACGGCAGCGGCGGGGGGAGGGCGUGGCAUGGGGGCCGUUUUCCGGUCCCUCUGGUUGCUGUGUGUCUUUGGUGGACGAGAAAAGCACAGCCAAGCGAUGUACGGGAAAGCAGCUAUUAAGAGAACACUACUGUUGGUUAAAGGGAAUAGCGAUUCACCUCAUUCUUGCAAGAACAAACUACACUUUACCUCAGGACACACUUAACACCUAAAUUUGCAAAACAAAAAAAGACAGACAUAGGACACCUCGCCUCAGACCAUUUCGCCAGCAAUGCAAAACCCACUGUGUUUGAAACAGCCCUACGUUCCACUGGCACUUUCUGCAGCUGAUGCAAUAUGUCCUCACCAUUACAAGCUACCUCUGAUUCCUGCGACCAGCGGGUCAGCUCAGCGAUGGCGCCCCCCGCGCCCAUGGCUCGAGAAUACUGUGGGCUGAAACCUGAGGACUGUUUAUACGUGUGUGUCUCGUGAGCAGCUAAGGGAACAAGUAACUGUUUAUCGUGUUUUUACUAUUAACUUUCAGUGCGUUAGCAUCACUUUACCGAACCGAAUUAACCAUGACCUUGCCUUCCAUUCUGCAGACUAAGACUCGUGUAUGACAUAUUGUUAACUUGAAUAUAUUUUUGUACUGAUUUACUCUAUUAUCUUAAGGAUCAAUGCUUGUAUGACCCUACACGGUAUAAUUUUAACUUUUGUUUUGUUUUCAUAAUUAUUUACUGUCAGCUUUAGUACCUCAAAACAAGCUGUUUUAAAAUGGACUAAAAAUCAGUCGUCAAAGACCUACCUCCAGUCUUGAAACGGAAUGAACCUGCCUUUAUAAUUUCAUCAUUACUUUUCAUAAUGUUGUAUUAAAACAACAAAAAAAAAAUAUUUUUAGGACUGCAGAUAAACCCUAUUCAAAGUAUUUUUGUAACAGAAAACGUAUAAAACAUUUUAAUUCAUGGUGGGGAAGAAUUGACCUUCAAAGAAACUUGAAACUUUGCAGGUUUUGGAAAAGAUAUUUUUGAUUUUGUAUAUUACAUUCAUGAAUAUGUUAUAAAAAAUUAGUAGAUAUUGAAAUAUACUUGAUUAGUGAUUCUGUGUAUUUUACACAAAUGUGAUUCUUAUAUGUUAUAUGGUUCAACCAGUUGUAUUUUGAAAUGCUUUUUACAUAGUGACUGAUUCCAUUUCCUGCCAGCCAAACACAGGCUUUGUCUAAAUGUUAACUCUCGAGAACGAUGCUCCCACAGACUCUAUACGUCACUGCAUUUACUUCAGUGAGGCUUCACAGCUUCUGCCUCUGUAGAGCAUGUCCAUCAAAACACGUCCGAUGGCUCCCGUAUCGUUUAUAGUCCGGAUGGCCUGCUCGACGGCCACACAGACCAAAUCUGACUUUUUAACUUCACCAUUAUACAUACGUACAUACGUUUGGCGUAUGUGGGAGUGUGUUCUUAUCCUUCGUUUAUUAGUUUAGCCCUCUAGGGGGCCGUUGUAUCUCGUUCGCAUCAUACUAGCUAAUCAUGCAGUGUGCAUGUCGAUGCCUACUCAAUAAACCUCUGAACUAUUAACGUUACCAGCAGGGAGCGGUAGUGCCUCACAUUGAGCUAAGAAAACCACCAGCACGUCCUUCUCCUCGAUCCUGCGGCUAUGCUGCGAAAGCGUUUAGCCGCACCCGCGUCCAGCAGACGCAUCACAUCUGACCAAAGCCGAAGGAGGUCCUUGGACCGGCCCGUAACCUUACAGUGGGCCUGGUUCAGGAUUUUUUUUUUUCCUUCUGUACUGUGAUCACGACCGGGAAACUAUGUUUUUAUCACAAAAGCUAAAAGCGGCUAGCUAAAUGGGCUGCACGUUAGCGUUAGCAUAGCCAUGCGCUCAGAGACGAAGGCAUGUCUGGGCUCUCAAAGCUAAGCUUUCCAUGGCUUGCCAGCCCCCCCGGGGCUUCAACAGAAACUCGCUUAAGCCUUCCACCAACACCUGAGGGGGGGUGGAACAGUGGGGGUGGGGAAUGCAGAUGCCUGCUCUCGAUCCUAUGAUGCACAAGACUGACAUCGUUGAGGUAACGGCGUUCCCAUUACAGGUCGUCGGCAGCUUUUAUCUCUCUUAAACCUGUACUUGAGUUUAAAACAAAAAGAUUGAUUUAAAGAAUUUUUUUACCUCAUUGUUGGCUUGAAUGAAUAUCUUGGGACGCCACUGUCGGAAGCUCUGGGAGUCGUAAUGUUGUCGACCUUGUAUUUUCCGAUGUGUUCUAGUACAAUCAAAUACACAUUACUACCUCUGCAAAGGCCUACUGUUACCUCAUUCUCAAUCAGUAUAACUGUAAUAACACUAAAGGCUGGACAAACAGGGAGAGUAUAUAUGUGUAAUAUCACCCACACAGCGAGUUUAUAGAGAGAUUCAAGGCAUUUCUCCCUGGUUCUUGGCUUGGCCAUUGUUAGCUAAGACUGGACAAUACUUUUCUGACAUGUAUGAAAUGUUUUGUAGUUAAAUUAGCAGGAGAGAGUUCUAGAAAAGCUAAAUCACUGUUUCUUGCUCUGUGUCUCGCCCUCCUCCAUCUGACCCAGACCAGUGCUUUCUAACUCCUUUUGGCUUCAUGCUGUUCACCUAGACUUGUGGUCUUUCAUUAUGCUUUCAAUCGCUUGCUUGUUACGAACAUCAUGUUCUAUCACAGCAUUGUUCAGCACAAUAAAUGUAUAGCGUAUGUGACCUCUGU